ACUUCUUGUGUUCAAUUCGAUGGCGGAGAUCAGUCCAAACGAGAGGACACCGUUCCAUCCUCUAGCAAUUAAUACUACCAUGCAUACGAUAUAGAUAUAGCGGCACGAUAGCGCAACAAACAUGCGAUUCCCACACAUCCGAUUACCACGCAUCCCGUUCUUCCGCAUCUGGUACUCGACCACCUACACCCUCCUCUUCUUCGUCAUCUUCGUCCUCUCCGCCGUCAUCCCCGGCGACCUCAUCUACCAAUCCAUCCGUAAACCCCCCUCCCUCUCCCGCUUCAACACGAACAUCGCCAACAUCUUCAUCGUCGCCGGCGUCUACCUCCUCACCGGCCUCCUCAUCGUCUUCAUCUACGCUAGCCGCCUCUAUACCAACCGCAUCGUCCUCACCGCCAUCCCCAAAUUCUACAUCCCCGUCGAGGCCCCCGAGGUUGGGAAGAAGGUCCGCAAGCUGAUCGAGCGCGAAUGGGACCGCAGCGCCCUCAUCGCCUGGGAGUCCCGCCCCCGCGACCUGGCCGCCGAGAACGACGCGCUCCAUCCGUCCGCCACCCACGACACCACGGAGGAGAUCCCGCAUCAUGCGCUGCCUGUCAUGCGAAAGCGGACGCGCACGAAGGGUCGCGACUCGCCCGCCAUGCCCAUCGACCCGCUUAAUCCGCCGUGGGGGAUCAUUUCACAUCCAGGCUGGGAUACCGCGGAUACGACGUUGGGGAAUGUCGCGGAUCUGGUGAGCUACGGGACCGUCAUUGCGGAGUUGCCGAAUCUCAUCGAAGCGCGAGCCGUGUCGCUUGCUCCGGUGGAUCCAAUGCCCGUGCCACAGCUGGACAGCGACGAUAAUGCACCAAACAUACCCGUCUCCAGGGUUGUAGCUUUGCUGCAGCGGUCCGAGACGGCGGGGUUGCGGGAAUAUCUCAUGCAGCUGGAAGGGCUUGGGGUGGUUCAAUCAUUCGAUAUGGCAGAAGAGUUUAUUGGACGGUAUGAACGAGCGAGGUUCUCCACGAUCCCGGCGUCCAAAGACGAGUUCGAUGAGCUCAUGGUUGUGUUUGCGGAGCUCUUGAAUGGGAUGGAGCCCAUAGAUCUCGGGCUGGCUGAUGAGAUGCUGGCGUUUCAAGAUCAAACCAUGCAUGGCAUAGGCAGCUCGGAUACGUAUGAAGCCUCGUCUACUCCCGAUGGCUCCGUUUUCAGAUCUGCGAUGCUGGCACAGGAGGAAGACGACGGCUCGGUUGGCGGGAAUGCGAGUUUGUCGUCUGUGAUUCGGAACACGGGGACCGAAACCAGGUGA